AUGGCGAACCCUCAAGGCCAAGCCACCGGCUCGAAAACGCAAGGCACCACGCCCAGCCAGCAGCUUCCUCCCCCUUCGUCUCCGAACUUCUGGGACCCCGUCUCGUUCGAACACGAAGAGGCCACCGACGAGUGCCUGCGCAGGGUUGGCUGCGACAUCAGGGAGCUCGAGUUCUACCGCGUUCCCGGAGUGUUCAUCUCCGCCGAGGAGAACAACAUCGCCAAGAUCCACGCGCUCAUCCUGGGAACUCCCGGCACGCCUUACGAAGGCGGCUUCUUCCACUUCCUGAUGAAGUGUCCGCCCGACUUUCCCAACAGUCCUCCGCGCGUACGCCUCAUGACCACGGACGCCGGGCGCGUGCGGUUCGGGCCGAGCUUCCACGAGAACGGCAAGGUGUGCCUGGGCCUCCUGGGCACCUCGACCGGACCCGCGUGGAGCUCCGGUCAGUGCCUGGGGAGCGUGCUGUUGUCCAUCAAGGCGCUGCUGAGCACGGAGAACCCCGUCGCCCAAGGGUCCGGUUUGAGGGUCCUUCCGACGUUGGGCAAGUGGCAGAGCGGCAAGAUAUGCUACAACGCCGUCCUUCAGCACGAGACCAUCAGGGUCGCGGUGUGCGACGCUGUUGAACAGUGUCUGGGAGGAACGUCGGCGUACCCGGCGCCCCUGAAGGACGUGGUGUUGAAGCACUUCCCGCAGUUCUACGGCGAGUACGAGAAGGCGGUCAAGAAGCAACUCCACUUGAGCGGUACGCGCAUGAACGACUCCCACGAAGCUGAUGUCCCAACGUACCAGUUCGACGUGCUUCUCGAACGGCUCGCUCAGCUACGCGGGAGGGUGAAGGGGGCGAACGAAGCGGCCGCCGGGAAAUCGAGCAAGUGA